AUGUCCCAACUCUCCUCCACCCUGAAGCGAUACGUGGACUCCUCCCGCUACGCCGAGACCACCUACAGCAAAGUGCCCAGCGGCUACAGCUCCUACAGCUCCUAUGGCUCCACCCUGUCCACCACCUACGCGGACAGCGACAAAAUCGGCUUCAAAGCCAGCUACCUGCCCUCUCCCCGCUACCACCACGCUGGGGGGCUGUCCCCCACCAGCGGCUAUGACAGUAGCCGGCUGUACCCCGAGCCCAGCAUCCGCCUGAGCCCCUCGUACAUCCGCACGCAGCCACGGCCGCCCGGCACCGGGCUGAGCGGAGGUGCCUGCUACACCUUCAGUGGCACCUCCAGCAGCCCCACGGGCUACCUGCCCUCCGCAGCGCCCCUCAGCCGCCACAAAUCCAUCAGCCACUCGGACCUGGCGCGGGAGUUCUCGGGGCUGCACACCUCAGACAGCACCUACCUGCCCGCGGCCGGUGCGCUCAGCGCCCGCGGCAACCUGCAGGGUCUCUACCAGGCUGCCACUCACUCUGAGUAUGUCCGUGGCUACCUGGAGAGCUACGGGAGGAAAAGCCACCAUGCCACCUUCUCCACCGGCCACCUCAGCCCCUCUCAGGCCACUCUGCCACCCUCAGGCACCCGCUGUGCCAGCCAGCCCUGCGAGGGGAGCGAUGACCAGUGCGACGUGUCCGCCCAGGACCCCACGAGCUCCAAGGCCGUGCAGGGGCUGACCGGCCUGAGGAACCUCGGCAACACGUGCUUCAUGAACUCCAUCCUGCAGUGCCUGAGCAACACCAAGGAGCUGCGGGAUUACUGCCUGCAGAACCAGUACCUGCGGGACCUCAACAACAACAGCCGCAUGCGCACGGCGCUCAUGUCAGAGUUUGCAAAGCUGAUUCAGCUGCUCUGGACCUCAUCCCCCAAUGAGAGCGUGAGCCCCUCCGAGUUCAAGACGCAGAUCCAGAGAUACGCCCCACGCUUUGUCGGCUACAACCAGCAGGAUGCCCAGGAAUUCCUGCGGUUCCUGCUGGACGGGCUGCACAGCGAGGUGAACCGUGUGCUGGUGCGACCCCGGGCCAGCACCGACACCCUGGAUCACCUCCCUGACGACGAGAAGAGCCGGCAGAUGUGGAGGAGGUACCAGGAGAGGGAGGACAGCCGCAUCAGCGACCUCUUUGUUGGGCAGCUGAAGAGUUCUCUGACCUGCAGUGAGUGCGGGUACUGCUCCACAGCCUUCGACCCCUUCUGGGACCUGUCCCUGCCCAUCCCCAAGAAAGGCUACGGGGAGGUGACGCUCAUGGAUUGCCUCCGGCUCUUCACCAAAGAGGAUGUGCUGGAUGGGGAUGAGAAACCGACGUGUUGUCGCUGCAAAGCCAGGACGAGGUGCACAAAAAAAUUCAGCAUCCAGAAGUUCCCCAAGAUCCUGGUGCUUCACCUGAAGCGCUUUUCUGAGGCCAGGAUACGAAGCAGCAAACUCACCACCUUUGUCAACUUCCCGCUGAAGGACCUGGACCUCCGGGAAUUGGCCUCACAGAACUGCAACCACGCCGUUUACAACCUCUACGCCAUCUCCAACCACUCGGGCACCACCAUGGGGGGACACUACACAGCCUACUGCAAGAGCCCCGUGUCCAGCGAGUGGCACAGCUUCAACGACUCCCGCGUCACCCCGAUGUCCUCGAGCCACGUGCGCAGCAGUGAUGCCUACCUGCUCUUCUACGAGCUGGCCAGCCCGUCCUCCCGCAUGUAGCCAGCCCUGCCUCCCUGGGGACCCCUGUGCCACCCCUCAGAGCUGGCUCCGCUGGGGUUUGGGCAUUCGUCCCCCCCAGAGCAAGAGGGAGGCGAAGAGGAGACACCCCCGAGGUGGCUG